AUGGAAGAACCGAAUAUAACGAAUAAGCCGCUUUUGGAACCAUCUCCAUUGGUAGAUUUCAUUGCGGGAACAGUUGGCGGAAUUGCAAGUUUAGCAGCCGGUCAUCCAUUCGAUACUAUCAAAACACGAUUACAAGCACAAUCACAUUCUUCCAUCGUGCCCAUACAACAAAAUGUAGCCAUUUCAGCUUCUUCUGGUACGCCUUUGUUGCAACAAACACUUCCUCGCUAUUCUUCUGCCUUUGAUGCGUUACGCAGAAUCGUUGCAGAAGAGCGAUUCGUUGGCUUAUACAAAGGGAUAACAUCGCCUAUGCUAGGUGUGGCAGCAAUGAAUGCAUCAGUCUUUGGUGUAUAUGGAUUAGCACUUCGGGUUCUUGGAAAUGACGAUCAAGCAAAAUUGACAAAUAUCUUCUUGGCAGGUUGUGCAAGUGGUGUCGUUUCCGCAUUAAUAACAAGUCCGAUCGAAUUGAUAAAAAUACGACAGCAGCUUAGUUAUAACUCAACAAAUCAAAGACAACCUUCAACUUUGCAAGUCAUUCGAGAUAUUUGGCGAAAGAGAGGUGUUAGAGGAUUAUAUAGAGGUUUGGGUACAACAUCAAUUCGAGAUUUAGGAUAUGGACCUUACUUUUUAUCGUAUGAAGUGUUUAAUCGAACAUUCGCUUCUUUUCAUCAUGAAGGAAUAGAUCAAUUGAGCAAUGCUGAAAUGGCAAUCUCAGGAGGUUUGGCAGGCGUUGUUGGCUGGCUGUCAACGUUUGCGAUCGAUGUGAUCAAAACAAGAGUUCAGGCAACGGAUACGAGAUCGGGCAAUGCAUUCAUGUUUGCCGCUCGUCAAACGUAUGCUGAAGGCGGAUUAAACGCAUUCUUUGCCGGCGUUGGUCCAACAGUUUUGAGAGCUAUCCCUGCGAAUGCCGUUCUCUUUCUUGCAUUCGAAUAUACCAAAAGUUCUUUAAUCAAAUUUGGUCUUUAA